AUGUCCGAGAUCCCUGCGUCGACAUCCCAUGCGUAUUCCUCUCCUACAAAGGCCCUUCCCAUGCUCCAGACUCGCAUGCGUUCUCCUACAAACAUUCGUAGUCCAAUGAAGUUAGUACGACCUCGGGAGAUUUACGUAACAUCGAGAACGAAGGAUGUCCAAAAAAGGUUACACGAAGUGGAAGAUAAUUGCUUGGAGAGCACGUUAGUAGCCUCCAAGCGCGCUAAAUUUACUACAAAUACAGAUAAAAAGACACCAAGUGGCCAAGAUUCCAACUCGAAAGCCGCCGUAGAAGCUUCACAACCGUCGAAGGAAGAGGAUGGUUACAUAGGUUACAUAGAGGGGUUACGCCGACAAAAGAAGGUGGCCCAGUGCCUUGACCAGGACUUGCUUGGCGAAAACGUCCGAAUGAGACUCAAAAUUUUACAUUUGAAAGACGAAGUCGACUUUUAUUACCAAAUUUUGACCAAUAUUGAACUCCUUGCGACUCAAAAGAGACAAGAGAGUGAAGGAAAGAGUAAUCAGGAACAAGAGCGGGUUACAAACCUAUCAGAGCAGAUACAGCGCGUUAUCAGUGCCCCUAAACCGUCGGAUAGGGCCAUUUAA